ACGGCAACUUCCGGUUCGGAAGGCCGAGCCAGAGCGGAUUCGGGUCAGGUGCUGGCAGGAUGUUGCCGAUGAGUGGCCGCCUCAGGUUCGGCGCUAGGGCCCUGCCCUUGGCCCUUUCUCGCGGGGUGGGGGCGAGGGCGGCCAGCGGCGAGGGCUUCUCCUACACCCAGGGCCAAAGCCCCGAGCCCAAGACCCGCGAGUAUUUCUACUACAUUGACCAUCAAGGCCAGCUUUUCCUGGAUGAUGCUAAAGUGAAGAAUUUUAUCACCUGCUUCAAAGACCGGCAGUUCCUGGUCUUCUUCUUCUCCCGCUUGAGGAAGAACCAAAGUGGUCGCUAUGAAGAUGCCUUUCCCUUUGUCUCACUGUGUGGCCGUGAACGCAACUUUGUGCGCUGUGAAGACCUGCCUGUGGUCUUCACACACCUGCUGGCAGAUGGCCCGGGGCCUACUCGCCUCUCCUAUGGUGGAGGGGGUGAGGCCCUGGCUGUACCCUUUGAACCUGCUCGACUGCUGCCCCUCCCUGCCAACGGACGGCUGUAUCAUCCAGCACCCAAACUGGCUGGCGGUGUGGGGCUGGUCCGUUCUUCCCUGGCCUUUGAGCUCAGCAGCUGCUUCCAUUAUCCACCAGGAGGGGCCACACUGCCCACCCAUAUCUUGUGGCAAGGCCAGAAAUACCCCCUAACCAUGGACCUGGCAUCCCUAUUUCCUGAAUCCUGCGAGCCCUGAAACAUUGUACCCCCUUCUUCACCUGCUGUCUGCCUUUGCUCCCUCUGCCUCAGGGAUAUGGACAUCAGGAACAUGUAGGUCCACACUACAGCAGAUAGUAACCCUCAGGGAUAUGACCCACCAAAGCCCUGGAGGUUGCAGGUGCUGGGAGGGCAGUGGGAGGAGAGCCUUAGCAAAGAUAUGUUCUGGAGCUACAGGUUCCUUAACAAGGAUUAAGAGUCCUCCCUGUGAUGUGCUUAUUGCCUUUUUGUGACUGAGGCUGGUAAAGUUCACUAAUAAACAAGGGAAAGGGGGCAGGGCAGGGUAGAAUAGGUAGAACAAGGGAAUUCUCCCAGCAUUGGGGAGUUGUGGGAUAUAAGGAGGAAGAGUCCUGCUGCUGUGCUGUGACAGGGAGCCAAGAGAAGGAUUGAGCAGCAAGGCCUUGAAGGAAAGUGCCUUCACUCCCACCUGCCCUCAUAUAAUCACCUUGGGCCUCACCCACAGCUUCAUGACAGUGGAGGAAGUGGGGGCACAGGCUCCACACUUUGGACGACUGAAUUCAGUUUAAGCAAACACUGUGACAACUAUGUUCUAGGCCCUAUUCUGAGCACUAAAGAGACAAACAUUAAAAAGAAUGACAGCUUUGCUCUCACAGAGCUUACAAUCAACAUUAAGUCUCUCCUGAUUGCCCCGGUCACUCAUGCCCUCCCUCCUUCCCCAAAUCACUGAUUGCUGCACCAGGCAUUCUGGCAGGUGCUAGGGAUACAGAGACAAUACUAAGAUAGUCCCUGCCCUCAAGGAGCAGUGGAAAAGAUUCAGGAGUAUCCAUGUUGUCAAAUGCAACAGAGGUCAAGAAAGAUGAGGAUUAAGAGGAGGCUCUUAGGUUUGGCUCUUUGGUUUAAGAAAGUAUUGGUAACUUUGGAGAGAGCAAUUUCAAUAUUAUGGAGAGUUCAGAAGAGACAGGAGGGGAAAUUGAGGAACCAAAUGAUGGGUUUUUCAAAGAGUUUGGUUGAGAAAAGGAGAGGAAUGCAGCAGGGAUGGUAGGAUCUAGUGAGGGAUUUUUGAGAAUAGGGGGUGAUUGAAGAUGGAGGUAAUGACAGUGGGGGGGUAGUUUUCUAAAGAAAACAGGAAGGAAUGGUAUCAAUGGUACCUAUAGAAGUGUUGGCCUUAGUAUAAAAAAGGACCAGCUCUUCAUUAGCAACUUAAGUAAAGCAAGAAAUAUUGAAGGUGAUGCCAGGUGGCUGUGAGAAGAGGGUGCUUGAGGUAAACAGCUGUUUUUUUAGAGGGGAGAGAAUGUAGAUUAUGAGGUGAGGACUUCAGCUGAGAGGGUGGAGGAAUGAUAUAGUGUGGGAAAUGAGAAGGAAAUGGAGAUGAGGUUUACAACGGUUGUUAUGGAGAGUAGGAUAGUGAAUUAGGGAAGAACGAUAUGUUUGCCUUGUUAUGUAUGAGCUCAGUUGAGAUUGAAUAACGAGGUUGUCUGUGAUGAAAGUAAUUCACAGUUGGGGUUUAGCAGGGUGUGAGAAAGCCAUGGGAGGCAGGAUUUGUAGAAUUGAGCUGGUUGUAUACAUCGCUUGAGUAAGCCAGAGCUAGUCUAACAGAACCUCAUUCACCCAUAUGCAUACCAAUAUGAUUUCCUAAGAACCUUUCAGGGCUAUGAGUUCUAUCAGAAUAUACACAUGCAUACAGUUCUCUAUACACUUUACAUCAGCAUAUGAGAACAACGGCUCUUGUUUAUUUAGCAUUUUCCUCACAAUCAAUAGCCCUGGUAGGAGAGAGUACAAAUAUUAGUUGCUUCAGUAUUUCAAGGAUCUAUUCACUAAUGCUUGUUUAUUUAAUGAGAGAUUCUUUGGGAGAGAACUAUGGCUAUUGGAAUAUUCAGACUGUUGGAGUCAGUGAUCUAGUUGGUCCUCCUAUCACCAAUAGAGACUGCAUUCAUUUCCACAUCUUAGUCAAUAGUUCUUCGUGAGUUGCUAAGACCAAAAGAUUCAUCCCUCAGUGGCCUAAUGAAGAACUUCACCACACAGGGUGGUGACUCAUAGUUGAUCCCCAGAACUGUACUCAGUCUUUCUAGCUUAGCAAAACUUGCCAGAAUUUGUACACCUCUGGCAGUCUGAAAAUCUGGUUGCCUUCGUGCCAUGAAGAGUCAUAGGAGGAAGCCUUUAGUGGAAGUAUUGAAAAUAUUUUCCUCAUUUUACAGAUGAGGAAACAAAGGACCUCAGAGGAAAGUAAUUUACAGCCUUAUGACUAGUAAGGGUCUUAAAACACCAAUUCAUAUAGCACUUUAUAGUUUACAGUGCACUAGUUUAAUGGGAAAAGCCCUAGAAACAGAGGUAGCCUCGAUACAGAAGGACAAGAAAAUGGUACAAUUUUUUUUUCAAUCCAGCAAGCAAAAUGCCUACUGUGGGCAAAACUGGGUGCUAGGGUUACAAAAAUAAAAACCAGCCCAUGGCUUUGUAGACCUUACAAUCAACUGGUAUGUGUAUAUUACCAAGGAAACCCAGCAAGAAGAAAUAAAGAAGUUCCUUUGAAAAUAA